GUGGAACCGGAAGUGAACGUGAGCCGCUGCCGCCGGGCUGAGCGCAGCAGAGUGUUGACCUGCAGCUGUGUUAUGAUUUUGCUGUAGUGCUUUAUUAUGAAAAGAGUUGCUGUCAGCGCCGGCAGUGUGGGUGGAUGGAACAUGGACAGUGUGGACAUGUGACCUCUGAAGGUGCUGUCACCUUUCCUCUGGGCAGAGAGAAUAAGCAAGAGAAGGAGAUGGAAAAGAUGACUGCUCUCCACUUGUCAUCAGCCACUUUUUUAACACUCUCAGAGAGAGACUGAAAGGAGGUGAACGGAUCAUCUGGUGUUCAGGCAAUAGGGUGUCACAGAGAGGAGGCAUCCAAAGCUAGAAGGCACACUUUCAUAAAGCAGAGAAAAUGGCUUUCUUGGACAAUCCAGCCAUUAUUCUGGCCCACAUCAGACAGUCUCAUGUGACCAGUGAUGAUACAGGAAUGUGUGAGAUGGUACUAAUAGACCAGGAUGUGGAUCUGGAGAAGUGCCAGCUGACUUUGGUGCCCGGCAGCAGCUGUGGGUCAACAGGGUCGGGCUCCCUGAGCGAGGGGGGCAGCAGUGUGACAGACAAUCAUGCCUGUGACCUCUCCCAGUCCAUGGACAUCACCUCCAGCUGGGACUUUGGCAUCCGGCGGCGCUCCAACACAGCCCAAAGACUUGAAAGGUUAAGAAAAGAGCGGCAGAACCAAAUCAAGUGUAAGAACAUUCAGUGGAAAGAGAGGACAUCCUCCCAGUCAGUGGAGGAUCUCGGGUCCUUGUUUGAAAAACGGGACUUUAAAGACAGGCCACGGACGGCAGGAACCAAAUCCACCCUUUCACUGCGGCUGGAGCAGUGUCCCCAGCAGCUCAACAACCCCUUCAAUGAAUACUCCAAAUUUGAUGGCAAGGGCCACAUUGGCACAACAGCUACAAAAAAGAUAGACGUCUACCUCUCGAUGCAGAUGGCUCAGGAGAAAGUACAUCCAAUGACAGUGGUGACCAUUGCCAAUGCCCGUGUCCAUGACCUCAUCGGGCUCAUCUGUUGGCAGUACACUAGUGAGGGACGAGAACCCAAACUCAAUGAGAAUGUGAACGCCUACUGCCUCCACAUCGCUGAGGAUGACGGUGAGGUAGACACUGACUUCCCUCCGUUAGACUCCAAUGAGCCGAUUCAUAAGUUUGGUUUCAGCACUUUGGCCUUGGUGGAGAAAUACUCAUCACCUGGCCUCACUUCCAGACAGUCGCUAUUCGUCAGAAUAAAUGCUGCUCAUGGUUUCUCUCUAAUCCCUGUGGACAGUCUGAAGGUAACCAUGAAGGAAAUUCUCCAGAAAGCACUCAAAAAGAGGAAAGGCUCACAGAAAGGUUCAGGGCCCAUGUAUCGUCUGGAGAAGCAAACAGAGCCGAACGUUGCAGUAGACCUGGACUCGACACUGGAGAGCCAGAACACGCUGGAGUUUUGCCUGGUCAGAGAAAACAGCUCCAGAGGGGAGGAGAGCUCAGAGGAAGAUCCUCCUAUUGACAUCACCACAGUCCAGGACAUGUUGAGCAGUCACCACUAUAAGUCCUUCAAGAUCAGCAUGAUCCACAAGCUGCGCUUCACAACAGAUGUCCAGCUAGGCAUUUCAGGCGAGAAAGUGGAGAUCGAUCCUGUCACCAAUCAAAAGGCCAGUACUAAGUUUUGGAUUCGACAGAAACCCAUCUCUAUCGACUCAGACCACCUCUGUGCCUGUGACCUCGUAGAGGAGAGAAGCCCUAGUCAUGCAAUAUUUAAGGUCACUUACCUAAGCAACCAUGACUACAAGCCUCUUUACUUUGAGUCUGAUGCUGCUACUGUCAAUGAAAUUGUGCUAAAGGUGAACUACAUCCUGGAGUCCCGGGCCAGCACCUCACGGGCUGAUUACUUUGCCCAGAAGCAGAGGAAACUGAGUCGCCGGACCAGCUUCAGUUUCCAGAAGGAGAAGAAAACUGGCCAGUAGACAGACUGAAGCUGCUCAGCCACCUGUCUGCCUGCCUGUCUCUCUCUUUCUGUCUGUCUGUCGGUCUGUCUUUAUCUGUACAGACAGAUGUGUAAAUGAGGCCUGGCAGUCUCACACAGACAGCAUCAUGCUAAACAGAAGUGGAGGCUGACUGGAAAGUCAAAGUCAGAGGAGGAUGAGAGAAAGAGAGUGACGAGCAGAAAAUGGACCUGAAAUCUCUGCUGAUGCAGAGAUCUAUGCAGUGAUCUCUGCAUCAGCCCAUUGAGAUGGACGCCUCUAAAAGUCCACGAACAAAGAGAGUCAUCGACCAACCUGUUCUUUGUCUAAAAGAAGGAAAAGACUUGUGGGACAGAGUUUUGGCUGCCAAGUCGCUGUCAGUUUUUUGUUCAUUCACUGCCUCUGAAUUUAUGCUCCAUCCUUCAGGAUGGAAAUGUACAGCUUCAACAAGUUGGUUAUGUAGAAGCCAACAAACAAAUCAAAGCUACAUGCUAAAUCUUUGCUUCAGUCCUCCAUCUUUAAGAGAUUUAACACGACAACAUGAAAGGAAAGCCUUCACAUUUUUAAUGUACUGUACAUAAACAUUUUACCUUCAGGAAAUGAAAUAAUGAUGAUGAAAUGGAAAUAAACUAGCCCAUUAUGAAUUUUUAAAAACAGAUCAUUGCCCCUCUGCCUUGAAUCCAGAUAGCAAAUCCUAAUCUGCACUCACAUGCCAGUUUAUGAGGUACACCUAGUUUAAACUACCUCACUCUAAUACAAACUCUGCCUUCAUGAAGGGAACGUCAACUAUGAACUGUUUUAGACAGAGGUGUCCACUCAACUUUGUCAGAUUGUAUUAGCUUUAACUUUAACUGCUUUAUUGAUGGGGGCUAGACAAAAUAAUAGAAACGCCUCUGUGUAACACAAUACAGCUAAAACAGCAGCAGAGGGAGGGAAGCGAGGAUUGGGUGCAAAGGCUUUUCUAAUAGACUGUGCUAGUUUGAGUGAGGUUUACCGAAUAAACUGGCAACUUAACACUGU